AUGUCGAAGACGUUUAUGUUGGAGCCUGAUUUAAUCGCAGCCGGUGAAAAUGCAAUGCCAGAUCUCAAUAACGAUUUAGUUUUAGCCAAAAACUUUUUGAAACAGCAAAGUGCAGCUACUGCAGAUUCUUUGUAUGACCACCUCGUUGACAUAGUUCAGAAGAUUCUAACACAGAAACCGCCAAAUGUAGUUGAUAACUUUGAGCAAUAUUCAUGGGAAGUGAAGCAAGAGAAAUUUCGGCCAAACUUCGACUUACUUAACGAUAUCUAUUUAUCGCCGUCUCAACUAACCAUUGUGCGGAGGGUGGACGAAAUGUUUCGUCUAGUAGCCAGUAAGUCGCAGAAAUUGGAGGAAGUAGGCGAAGAGGAACAGGAAUUAGAUCUGGAAGAAGAAGAUGCGAAACCUCGGAUAUCUGACCUCAUAGAUAAUAACUAUUACUUCAAACAGGCAGGAUACGGUUUACCAGAAAAUGAAUGCUAUGCCCUUUACAUUGCUCUUAACAUGUUGGCUAUCAAAGAACCAGUUGCCACAGUUAGAUUCUUCGGUAAAAUAUAUGGUACGAAAGCUAAUUACUACAUUGCGGAAACAGACUUAACAAUUGAGGAGCUGGAUCGAAGGAUUCGGGAGUUCGAAAUGAAGGAUAUGCCUGGUGAAGGAGAAGGUAUGGAUGAAGAUAGGACUCAUGAAGCGGAGGAGCAGAAAGAAAUAAUGGGUGAAGGCGAGACACGAGAAGAGAAACCCAAAGAGCCAGUUCCUCCCAAAUUGCCUCCAAUUCCUAUAUCUACGUGGCAGCCGCCUCCGCCCAUACCAGUUGAAAGACCAGGCCAAGGGGUUAAUAAAAAAGUGUAUUGGGUAUGCAAUUUGCCUGGGGAAUCUUGGAUAUGCCUUCCAGACCUAACACCUGACCAGGUCCGAGUGGCCCGCCUCUCUGUCAGAUGUAUGACUGGCGAUUUGGAUGCUGAGAUACAAACAUUUCCGCCAUUCGAAGGUACGGAGCGUAAUUAUCUUCGUGCUCAAAUAGCUCGAAUCCAGGCAGCUACGUCUAUCUCACCUCAGGGCUUCUUCACUUUUGGUUCUGGAGAGGAGGAGGAAGAUAUUGAUAUGGAAGAAGGAGCUGGUGAUUUAGCUUUCAAUCCCAACCCCUUCUACCAAGGGCACACGUUAAAGGAUCUACUGGACACCAAUUUAACAUAUUGGGUGCAUCACGGGAGACAUAUUUUGAAACAGGGAAGAACCAUUUGGUGGAACCCUAACGCUGGAAUGGAAGAGGGGUUAGAAGAAGAAGAGGACGAGGGUCCUCCUCCAGUGGAACCGGAGAGUGGCCCUUCUCUUUUCACCCCGCUAUCAGAGGAUGCUCACUUAGAGGGACUCCCAGCUUGGACCCCUCGAGUCAGUUCUACUCUUUCCCCGGAUAGAGCCCUCGUUAGCUUGAGAAGCAACGUGUGGCCUGGGGCUGUGGCGUAUGCCACUACUGGAAAGAGAUCAGAAUGUAUGUAUGUCGGCUGGGGAUUGAAGUAUCAGCCGCCAAAUUUUUCUCCACUCCAACUGCCUCGGCCUGAAGAUGAAUACAUGGUUGGACCUGAGGUUAUGGAAAUGGCUGAUCCUACUUUCGCUGAUGAAGAGGCAUAUCGUAUUGCUCAUUUGCCUCCACCCCCACCGCCAGAACUACCUGGAGAGGGAGAAGGUGCCUUUGGAGAAGAGGAGGAAGAUGAAGAUUAA